CGCGCUGGCCUGGAGACCGACUUGGAAGCCCAUCUGGAGGCCGAGCUGGCCCGGCAGGCAUUGCGCGGGCAAUAUGGCGGCGCCCGGGGAGAGGGGCCGCUUCAGCGGCGGGAGCCUCUUCUCCUUCCUGCCCGGCGGCGCGCGCUCAGAGGUGAUGGACGACCUAGUGACGGACGCGCGCGGCCGGGGCGCGGGGCGGAGAGAUGGCACCGCCUCGGCCCCCACGCCAGCCCCGGCGCCGACCUCCGAUCCUCAGGUCGCCGAGGACAUCUCCGGGAGGCGGCCCUGCCGGGCCUGCGUGGACUUCAAGACGUGGAUGCGGACGCAGCAGAAGCGGGACAGCAAGUUUAGGGAAGAUUGUCCUCAGGAUCGCGAGGAGCUGGGCCGCCACAGCUGGGCUGUCCUCCAUACGCUGGCCGCCUACUACCCCGAUCUGCCCACCCCAGAACAGCAGCAAGACAUGGCCCAGUUCAUACAUUUAUUUUCCAAGUUUUAUCCGUGUGAGGAGUGUGCUGAAGAUAUAAGGAACAGGAUAUGCAGGAACCAGCCAGACACACGCACUCGGGCAUGCUUAACCCAGUGGUUGUGCCGCCUGCACAAUGAAGUGAACCGCAAGCUGGGCAAACCGGACUUCGACUGCUCGCAGGUGGACGAGCGCUGGCGCGAUGGCUGGAAGGAUGGCUCCUGUGACUAGAUGGUGGCCGGCAGAGCUGUGGGACAGUAGCCAGGGCCUCCGGGCAGCCUGGCCAGAGGGCGACGGGGCACUCAUUAAAGCGCAUCAGAGCCAGAGCCUGUUGUAUGUCAGUUGGAUGGUCCCCAGACACUGCGCAGGGGGCCCUUUCCCUCUUAGGUUGGAGGAAAAGCAGAGGUGCCUGCUGCAAGCACCCCAAUGGCGGCUCCUCAGCCAGGGCCCCGUGGGCUGCAGGUGAAGGAGGCAGGAGCAUCCCAGGCCGUGCCUUCCAUUCAGGAUGUGGCCUGCUAACCCCACAUCCUGACUUGCCUGAGCGGGAAGGUGACAGGCCCGCCUGGGCUCCCUGUCCUGCUCCUUGAGGGCGAGGCCAUUGUCUCCCAACCCUGUAGCCAGGGACAGUUGCAGUGUCUGCAGCUCCAGAGGCUGUGUGCUGUUUGUGAUUCAGAAACGAGGCCCCGGGGGCUGAGCUCUCCCCCGGCUCAGUGCCUACAAGGAAAGCACUAGUAGGCUGGUUCUCUGAGGGUCCACCAGCACUGCCGCCUGCCUCCUGUCCAGCACGUACCUGUACCAGGCCUGUCAAGAGGCUUUGUGGGGCCAGCAUUCUCGGAGCUCGAGACCAAAAUAAAAUGGUAGAGAAGUGACUGA